UCUGGAAGAAGAUCAGACGCCAACCGAACCAGCACACGGGGGCAGGGCAGCUCUCUCUCGACCCUUCUUUAUAUUUUUUUAACGUCAGCUCUACAUUUUCCAUUGAUACAGAAGGGGAUGAAAGAACAGAUAUCCAGGCGAACAAAGGGAGAAGAUCAACCAAUCAGCAGCAAAACUAGGCUUCAGAAGGGGAACACGCAGUGCUAUUGGACCUCUAAUCAUUCCGCUCCUCGCAGAGUCCACCAAGCCAGCAGAUAAACUGUCGACCAUACUCUGCAGAUCACUUCUGACUUGCAUAUUGAAAUGAUGGAUGAGCUGCGGCCUCCAUCUGUGGUCCAGAAGCUCCAUGGACAGUCCAUGUUGUUCAGAGAAAUCUCUUCUUCUGCCAUGAGAAGUCAUGUAAUCAACAAUGCACAUUAUGCGCGCAAUUUCUCCGUGACAAAAUACCAUCAGACGAAUGGAAGUAUUGGGCGUUUGCCUCGCAAUACACCAUCCCCGAUCCGUGCCCCCGCGCCCGAGGAGAAGGGUUUUUCUGGAUUCAUGAUCGAUUUUCUAAUGGGUGGAGUUUCUGCUGCCGUCUCCAAAACGGCGGCUGCUCCGAUUGAGCGUGUUAAGCUCUUGAUUCAGAACCAGGAUGAAAUGAUCAAGAGUGGUAGGCUUUCUCAUCCUUACAAAAGUAUCGGCCAUUGCUUCACCCGCACAAUAAAAGAUGAGGGUGUGGUUGCACUCUGGAGGGGAAACACAGCCAAUGUUAUCCGUUACUUCCCGACUCAGGCCUUAAACUUUGCCUUCAAGGACCACUUCAAGCGCAUGUUCAACUUUAGAAAGGACAAGGAUGGCUACUGGAAGUGGUUCUUCGGCAACAUAGCUUCCGGAGGAGCCGCCGGCGCUUCUUCUCUGUUGUUUGUGUAUUCUCUGGAUUACGCUCGUACUCGCCUUGCCAAUGAUGCCAAGGCUGCAAAGGUGGGUGGCCAGAGGCAGUUCGAUGGCAUCGUAGAUGUCUAUCGCAAGACCCUUGCUAGCGACGGUGUCCGCGGCUUGUACCGUGGCUUCAACGUCUCCUGUGUGGGCAUCAUCGUUUAUCGAGGUCUUUAUUUCGGAAUGUACGACUCCCUCAAGCCGGCGGUUCUUGUUGGUUCUCUUGAGGAUAACUUGCUUGCCAGUUUCUUGCUUGGCUGGGGUGUGACGAUGGGUGCAGGGCUUGCCUCGUAUCCCAUUGAUACCGUCCGCCGCCGUAUGAUGAUGACAUCUGGUGAGUCCGUGAAGUAUAAGAACUCCAUGGAUGCUUUCAGGAAGAUCAUCGCCGAGGAGGGCGCCAAGUCCCUCUUCAAGGGUGCUGGCGCCAACAUCCUCCGUGCUGUUGCGGGUGCUGGUGUGCUUGCUGUGUAUGACAAGCUCCAGGUGGUCGUCUUUGGCAAGAAGUAUGGGUCCGGUGGCGGCUAAGUAUGGAUGCUGUAGGGCUAAAUUUUGUGCGAUGGUGUAGCGCUGCUUUUGAAUAAAAUCUGCCAUAUGGGGUGUGUA